CCCUAGCACGAAUCACUAUCGAAAAAGUAUUCGUAUCGUCAACGAAAGCAUUUUGUAUGGGAACUUGAACAGCGCCUCUGGUGUGCGUAUAUUGAACUAAUUUUCAGAGCACGAACAAAAACAUGUAAAGUUUCGAAUCGUCAUCGUAUCGAAUACGAAACGUAACUUAGCCGAUUGUAUGAAGAUAGCUAGCACGAAGGCAUAAAAUGACGGAUAGUAUCGUAAGUGUCGACGGCUGGCUUACGAGUUUCACGAAUGUUUUUUCACUUUAAAUUUGACAGUGAGAAAACUUUCGUCGGAGUUUAUUUUAAGAAUAAAAUUAUAACUUUAGUGAUUGUGGUGAUAUAUUUUGUUAGAAAAUGUUUAGAUUAUCAAGAAGCACCCCACGACGUAGUGCAUUUUACUAUUAUCUUGCAGCGCGAUUGAUUGUUGAAAGUAGAAAUGAACAAAGAGAAACAAGAGAAAUCUCAAGGAGAGCUUUACUCAGAAAGAAUUUGGCAAAUAUUAACUUGCAAAACCUUAGCGACACAGAAUUUAAAAAUAGAUUUCGUCUAAGUAAGGAAGCAUUUUUGUUCUUAUGUCGCGAAUUGAAAGAAAAAUCCAGUCUAAAAUCAAGUAAAAGGAUCAGCCUGGAACACAAAGUGCUGUGUGCUUUGUCAUUUUAUGCUACAGGCUCCUACCAAAGAAUUGUAGGAAUGGCUAAAUAUUUAGGCCAAACUACAGUAAGCAAAUAUGUGAGGGAGGUUACUGAUGCUCUUGUUAACCCUUUAAUAUUAAAUAAGUUUGUUAAAUUUCCAACAACACGAGAGCAGCGAAAUAUAGUAAAAAGCAAAUUUUAUACAAAAUUUGGCAUCCCUGGAGUAAUAGGGUGCAUUGAUGGUUCUCAUUUUCACAUAUUCACUCCAAAAAGAGACAUGGAGCAUUUAUUUUACUGCAGAAAGCAUUUCUACUCACUGAAUGUGCAAAUGAUAUGUGACAGUGAAUGCAGAAUUUUAAAUAUUAAUGCCAAGUAUGGAGGUGCCACCCAUGACGCUUUUAUUUGGGAAAACAGUCAAGCCAAUAGGUACAUCCAAGACUUACACCGGAAUAAUGAACAAGUGUGGUUUUUAGGGGAUUCUGGAUAUCCACAGAGGCCUUGGUUGAUGACACCAAUCACAGAUGCUGCUGAAGGCACUCCACAGGCAAAAUAUACUACCAUCCAUGGGAAGGCCAGAGUUGUGAUCGAAAAUACUUUUGGAAGACUCAAAAAUAGGUGGAGAUGCCUUAGUAAGGACCGCACAUUACAUUACACCCCUGAGAGGUGUGCUUCGAUCAUAAUGGCAUGUAGCGUUCUACACAACCUAGCAUUAGAUUUUAUGUUGCCUGAUCCUGAAGACGAUAUAAUAUAUUCUUCUGGAUUAGGCGUUUCAACAUUUUCUUCUCUAGAAGAACCUUUUCGCGAAAGUGGUUCUUCAGAUGAAUUGAUUCGCGGUAGAGCCAUAAGAAACAUGUUAGUAGAUAAGAUUAAUCAGCUUCAUAAUGUAAAUAAUUGAUUUCGGUUUUUGUGUUAGCAUGUUGUAGUCUAUAAUAAAGGUAGCAUUGGAGAAUAAAAAUAUAGUUUAAUAUGUUUGAAAUAAAUAUAAUGUUCGUUAUUUACAAAAUAGAAUUAAGUACCUUUAAGAUAUUACUUUUAUAAAUAGUAUAGAUUAAGCAAAAUAAAUUUAAUUCUAACAAAUACAAAAUGUUUUCUUUUUAAGAAAU